AUGGAUCGAGCUAAGACAGUGCGUACAUCGGAGAGGAGGAAACUCAACCGAACCCUGAAACUGUUCGACGAGAGUGUGAAGCAAGACGACUCGACAGAGAUUUUGAAGCCUGCAUUUGAUGAGGUCUGUGACGCCUAUAAGAGGUUAGAAAAGGCUAAUGAUGAUUUUAUUUCGUGCAUUGAUGAGUCUCAUGAGAAUUAUGUUAGCCUAUUAGAAUCGGCUGAGGAUCAUAUAAUUGAAGUGUAUAGGUUGAAAUGUAAGGCACAUUCUCAAAUACUUGCGAAAAUAGACAGUGAAAAGGGUAAGCAAAAAACAGACAACACAAAGUUUAUAGUUAACAAGGACUUUGACAGAUUAAUGAUUAAGAACUACGGGGAGGAUCCAUAUGUCCUUAAGCAGUGUUUGUUAGGCGAAGCCUUGAAAGUGGUACUUGGGGUUGAUGAUGAUUUCCAUAAGAUGAUGGCCAGACUUGAUGAAAAAUUUGGAAAUGUAACAAAGGUGGUGGACUCUGUUUUGUGUGAGAUAAGAGCCCUUAAGCCUGUGCCAGAAGGCAACAACAAAAAACUUGUGGAAUUGGUGAAUACUGUGGAGAGGGGAUGGCUUGAUAUGUGUAAGCUAGAUCUUAAAUCAGAAAUGAAUAACACUACUGUAAUUAGCUUAGUAGAAAAGCUCUUACCCCCAACAUUGAAAAGGGAAUGGGUUUUAAAAGCUAGUGAGUCCCAAAGUGAGAAGGAAUUUGGAAAAUUAUUAGAAUUUUUAGAAAAAGAAAGGAAGGUAAUAGAGUAUGUGCAGGAAGGAGUGAGGUCAAGUACAACCACUGCUAGGGCAGCAGUGCACAGUGUGACUCAUGAGAAUCACUGUUAUUCAGAUAAUUUGAAUGAAGCAAUUAAGCAGUUAAGAGAAAACCAAGAGUCACAACAACAACAAUUAAAUGAAUGUAUUGUAAACAUGAACCAAAUUGCUUCAAACUUAUCAAAUCAAGCUAGGAGUAUACCUAACAUGUCACCUAACAUUAACAAGAACUGUUGGUUUCAUGGUACAGCUUCCCAUAGCAUUUUGGAUUGUUCAGGGUUUCAGCACUUGGGUAAUAAAUCUAAAUAUGAGCUGUUAAAAAGCAAUAGAGUAUGCUUCAUCUGCUUACGAAAGGGACAUGUCAGUAGUGACUGUUUGAACAGAGAGUUAUGUCAUACUAAAGAUCAAAAUAAUGAAGUAUGCGGCAGACCUCACCACCCUAUUCUCCAUUCUUUGUUUGUACAAAAUUAUUUCACCAGUCGAGUUCAGGGAUCAAAUAACUUAUUGUCGAGGGAGGGAGUAUUGUUGAUGAUUGGAUAUAUGCAGAGUAAAGGGCAAAAGGUGGCAACAUUGUGGGAUCCAGGUUCAAAUUUAACCAUGAUUACGCAUCGGAUGGCAAACAAGUUGGGUUUAAGAGGUAAAGAUGUAAGUCUCACUGUAACUAAAGUUGGAAAUAGCACUGAGCUGUUUGACAGUAAAGUUUAUAAUGUGCCAAUUACUGAUUUGACUGGUACUGAAUGGACUAUUUAA